AUGGCGAACGCCGGGCUGCGUGCGUACCGGGAGGUGCUGCGGCUUGUUCGGCGGCUGCCCGCCGACGUGCAGACCUACUACGCCAAGUACGCCCGCGAGAACUUCGUCAACUACCGCCACCUCUCCGCCGACGACGACCUCGCCGCCCUCCUCCGGCGCGCGCACGACCACUCCGCUUGGGUCCUCUCCAAGUACUCCAUCGACGCGGCGGAGGCGGCAAGGCUCAAGGAAGUCUGCGUUGAGCAUGCCGCCGAGUGAGGGGAAGGUCGACGUAGCAGCCCACAGCACGGUGUGGUGAGGGCACGCAAGGUGUUCGGCGAUAUUACUCAGUAGUUCGUUUUUUUUGUGUGUGUGUGUGGAUCCCCUUGUUCUACCUCUACUCUGUUGUUUCAGAGUUCAGUGCUUUCAUGCUUCCAUAUACUAUUUCGCAAUUGCGUCGCCCACUUCUAGUGGGAAAUAAGAGCUAACAUUUUGCUUGUGACUUCUAA